GCGGGGCGAACCGAGACGGGCGGUGGUGAACCGACAGCCUGACCCGCGGACGGCGACAGGGGGACGGGCCGGGGCCGGCCGGGCGCGCGCCGUGCCGCCGCCAUGACAGGAUGGUUUUUGCUAUAUAGGUCCCUUUUAGGAUGAAAAACAAGAAACAUCAGUGGAGUUUGGAUAAGAAUUACACUGACUCUGUAGACUACUUUGGGAGCAUUGUCAUCUUCACAACGUUAAAUCUUCCAAUCCAUGAACAGAGGAGCAGACCUACUGUGACCGGCUGGUCCAGGACACACCUUUCCUGAUGGGCCAUGGACGCCUCAGCGAGCAGCAGGUGGACAGGAUCAUCCUCCAGCUGAACCGCUACUACCCCCAGAUACUCAGCAACAAGGAUGCCGAGAAGUUCCGGAACCCCAAGGCGUCCCUGCGCGUGCGGCUCUGCGACCUCCUGGGUCAUCUGCAGCGGAGCGGUGAGCGGGACUGCCAGGAGUUCUACCGGGCCCUGUACAUCCACGCCCAGCCCCUGCACAGCCGUCUGCCCAGCCGGCUCGCCCUGCAGAACUCAGAUUGCACAGAGCUAGACUCAGGCACCGUGGGCCGCGAGCUCAGUGACAGGGGACCCGUGGCCUUCCUGGCCUGCCUCGGCCUGGCUGCAGGGCUGGCGCUCCUCGUCUACUGCUGCCCUCCAGACCCUAAGGUACUGCCGGGGGCCCGUCGUGUCCUGGGCUUCUCCCCUGUCAUCAUCGACAGGCACGUCAGCCGCUUCCUGCUGGCCUUCCUCACAGAUGACCUGGGAGGGCUCUGACGACCCCCGCCUGCCCACCACCCACCAAAGAAGUCCCACCCGCCCACCCAGGGGCCUGCCACUUCUUUUCUAAAUGCUUGUUUUUCACUAUUUAUACUUUUUUUAAGAAAGUUGCCUUUGCCUGACAAAGGUGCUCAACAAUAUUAAACGUUGGAGUCUUGUCCUUUU